CCCUUUUUUGCUCAAAGUGCCAGUUUUGGCUAAUUGAUAAAAAAAAAAAGAGGAACGCAAAGGACAUUUAAAUGACACAAUAGAUAACAACGAUGGUGUCCCGCGAUGGAAUUGCUCUUGGUCGUGGUACAAAGACUUCUUUCGUGAUGAUAAUUAUUUUACGAAUGCGCGCGUGAACCAAUGAAUAAUAUUUUCGGGCUCUUUCGCGUCUUUAUCACCAAUGAAGCUGCUAUCGCUCACGUCAAUUCUCACUGCCGCUGUCGUCGUCUCUGCUAAUACAUCAGCACAAGCCAGUAACGAAGCUAGUGUUGUUGGACCUGACGGAAGCAUCAAUCCUUGUCACAAUCUUAAAGAGCAGCAGGAAAUUGAUGAGUGUUAUAUGCGUCUAGCACUCGAACAUGUAUUGGUUCACAACCCCACUUUUCCUUUCGGUGCUCUGAUCGUGGAUCACACCACGAACGAGAUAUCGUGCUAUGGCGCCAAUUCGAAUCGCAAAAACAAACUUUUGCAUGGCGAGACAACUGCAUUUUGGAACUGUACCGAACUCUAUCCGUCUCCAAGUAACAACGACAUGCACGAUCCUGGGCUGGAAUGGUCCCACCAGACACUCUACACCACUGGAGAGCCGUGUCCCAUGUGUGCUUCCCAAAGCAUCUAUCGUGGUGUCGGCCGUGUCGUAUGGGGAACGUCCAUUCCUGAUAUCAAUCGCAGUGGUCGCCAGCAACUCUUAAUUGAAAUGGACGACGUCAUUGGCUCUGCGCAUAUGGGUGGCUAUCAACUGGACCAUCGUGUGCCUGAUGUUGUUGGUGGCAUGCUCAAGAAUGAAUGCGACCAUGCCUUUUGGUGUGCUUUUAGUUACUUCCGCGAUGAUGGUUAUUAUCAGUCCAUGGCUUCGCAGGGUCUGGACGGCUACAUCGAGGAGCGCAACAAACGUUUUCCGUGCGUUACCAUGCCUCUUUUCAGAGAGCAGUACGAUUAGUGUCGUCUCUUCGCAUUAUUGAAACGCACAGGAAGAGAAGGAGCAGAAACCACCUUUGUAAAUGAAUGCGCUUAUUUCUCCUUCAGUUGAUGGUUCCAGCCACUCCAUGUAAAAACACGCUGUACAGUCUUCUUACUUUGUCUAUGUCAUUUUAAAGAAAUAAACAAUUAUGUUAAAUCCUG